UUUCGCCGUUUGGCGUUUUUAUACUCAACUCCUUAGUCCUCGGUCGUAUUUUUCUGGAAAACCCUAUUUUGACCAUGUCCCUCCCCAAAUGCAUCUACACCCUCCGCCUUUCCCACCACUUCUCCACCGCCACGAAAACCGCCUCCGCCGUAAGGUUUCCCAAACUCUCCAAUGUCCCCACCAGAUACAAGUCGGAAACCAUCAAGCAAGCCCAGCAGGCCCUCACCGACUACCUCCACGCAACCAGAUCCUUGUCCUUCCCCUCCGCCGAGCACAUCAGCAAGAACUGCCUCUUUUCCCUCACCAAUCUCAUAAAAAAGAUCGAGUUUUCGGUCCCGAAAUUCUCGAACCGCUUCAAGAGGCUCCUCAGGUACCACCCCAUCAAUGAAUUUGAGUUUUUCUUUGAAAGCAUUGGCAUAGAUUACAAUCAAGUUUGUGACUUUUUACCUCCCAACAAGUACUUUUUCUCUGAGGAUGGGACCCUUUUGAAUGUUGCUACUGAACUUUCUAGAUUUGGGUUUCCUUGGAAUAUGUUAGGGAAGUUGUACGAGGAGGAGAUUUCCAUUUUUAGUGAGAGUUCCGAGGUGUUGAAGGCUAGGCUUAGUAGGUUGAAGGAAUGUGGGUUUAGUAAUCAUUCAGUUGUGGGAAUGUGCUUGGCUUUUCCUUAUUUGCUGGCGGUGGAGGGUGAGCCGGGUGGUGAUAUGGCAUUGUUUGAUGAUUUCAAAAGGGUUCUUGUGGAGUUUGAUAUGGAGUACUGUGUUGAAGGAAAUGUGGAUGCUUGGUAUGAUGUUUGUAAGAAAGUUAGGGUGUUUUGCGAUUUGGGUUGCGAGAAAGGGAAGAUAGGGGAACUGAUGGGGAGGAAGAAAGAUGUUUUUCUUACAUGUCCAGCAGAGGUUUUGUGCCAGAAAUCUAAGUACUUUUGUAGAUUUGGUGUUAGGAAGGAAGAUGUAGGUUUGUUCCUUCUUCAGAGUCCUGAGGUUUUAAAUUUUGAUCUGGAAACACCAAAUAUAUCAGCAUUGGGAUUGUUGGAAUUUUUCGGAUUGAACGUGAAAGAAAUAGAGGCUGUGAUUGAAAAAUACCCUCAUGUGAUGGGAAAAAAUAAAAUGGCUAAUUUACCACAUGUAAUAAGGGCUCUGGAUCUUCAUGAAUGGUUCUUCGUUAAGAUUAAGAAUGAACCUCAAUUGUUAGAAAAUUAUGUAAUAAGUGAUCUUGAUGAAGACAUUGCGAGAGAAUUUGGUGAAGGAUUGGAGAGGAUUCAAUCUACGACAACUCCCAUUCAUACAAUGAGAAAAUUGGACUUCAUGCAUAGCAUUGGGUUUGGAGAGAACCCCUUGACCCUAAAGGUCUUAGCCCACUUGCAUGGCAGAAGCGGUGAGUUGCAAAAGCGGUUUGAUAGCCUUUUUUCUACGGGCAUUGAUUUCUCAAGUCUUUGUCUGAUGAUAAGCACGACACCAAAGAUCCUGAAUCAGAAUCCAGAAUCUUUGGAAGAGAAAGUUAACUUUCUUUGUGAGGAAAUGAAAUCCUCUUUGGAGUACCUCAAUAUUUUUCCUGCAUUUUUGUGUUUCAACUUAGAAAACCGGAUCAAGCCCAGAUAUAGAUUUUAUGUGUGGCUUAAAGAGAAGGGUUUGCAUUCUGAAAGCUACUCUAUUGCCACCAUGAUUGCUACUAGUGAAAAGCAAUUUGUAGCACGGGCUUUUGGAAUUCACCCAGCUGCUCCAAAGCAUUGGUUUGAGCGUUUCUCAUACAGAAGAUCUUUUAAAACUUGUGCGGGGACAUCUAUAACAUAGACUACAUCUUGUACAAAUGAAUUAUGUAUGGUAUGAUUCUUACCUGUGGAUUUGGAAUUCCAACACCGUAAUGAUAAAAUUAGGAAUUUCUCAAGGUUUAUUUUAACCCUCUGUCAUUGACCCUUUGUGUGAGAUUUGUAGAUUUUUCAUUUUCAUCAGAUUUUCAAGUGACGAUGACUUAAAUAGUUUCUGCUUCUCAGCCACUGUGUUGGUGGUUGAUCUUUUCUCUAUCGUAAUCCUUCAGUAACAAUCUUAACGUAGAGGAGCCAGAGAAGUGAUACUGACUCAUUAUUGAAAAGGGCUGCAGUUGUUGAGGUCAGCCUUCAGCGGGAGCAGUUCAAGCGAAUCCCAGAAGUAGAAAGAAGCUCCCUAUGGCUUCGUAAUCAAUGGUCUUUUGUAACUUUAAAAUGCUGGUGGUUGCUUCUUAAAGUGCAGUUCCCAUUGACAGAAGCUCGAAACUGGUCUGCUUUCAUCGUCAAAAGAGGUUCCAAACAGCUCUUUAAGUCGAUCUCUAGUCUAAAAUUGACAAGGAAGUUGGAAGGUUUCUGAGGAGGCUGCAAGGAAGGUGUUUAACAUACGAACACAAGCCUGCAUAAACAGACAUGAGUAAGAGGGCUGCAGUUGUUGAUGUCAGCCUUCAGCGGGAGCAGUUCAAGCCAAUCCCAGAAGUAGAAAGAAGCUCCCUAUGACUUCUUAAUCAAUGGUCUUUUGUACCUUUAAAAUGCUGGUGGUUGCUUCUUAAAGUGCAGUUCCCAUUGACAGAAGCUCGAAACUGGUCUGCUUUCGUCGUCAAAAGAGGUUCCAAACAGCUCUUUAAGUCGAUCUCAAGUCUAAAAUUGACAAGGAAGUUGGAAGGUUUCUGAGGAGGCUGCAAGGAAGGUGUUUAACAUACGAACACAAGCCUGCAUAAACAGACAUGAGUAGUAGGCUAUGAUUUAUCCGGCUGAUGUGCUUGGGUAAAUUAUGUUUCAUGAAUUUGACUAUGAUUCUCGAGGCAUUCAUGUUGAAGCAUUUAGGAUACUUGAGUAAAGAAAUGCACACAAACGUGAAGUUUGAAUAUUCAAAGUUGAGUAUAUGAAAGUGGCUACAAGAGUGUUCACUCAUGCA